AUGGAUUUUCUCAACCAAAUCAGAAAGCGACAGAAGGAACUGAAGCUGUCGAACAUUUUAAAUUUCUCCCCGUUAACAAAUGAAGAGAGGAAGCAUUUAAUUAAAAUAUACGGCUUGCUUGCCGUGGGAACAAUGAUAACUGCAUUGAGUUGUUAUGUUGACAUAUAUUUUUUGAAAAUUCCGAGAUUUAUAGCGUCCAUGAUUAGUUUAUUUUGUUCCUUUGCUUUGGCUGGUUCAUGCAGUUAUUCUCAUUAUGGUAACGUCUUACCAGCUGCAUCGAAGAAGAGGUUACUUUAUUUUGCUGGUAUAUCAUCCUCUAUUGGUAUUUUGAUGAGUGAUUAUAUCGCUUAUGUUAAUUACCUCAACCCAUCCAUUCUCCCUUUGGCCUUUUUCGGAAGCCUGUCUAUAUUUUCCUGCUUCUCCUUGUCGGCCAUAUUUUCCAAGAACAGAUUCGUCCUAUUCGACACCCAAAUAACGUUGUUCGAUUUUCGCCGGGGAAACAAAGAUUACAUAAUGCACUCCAUUUGUCUUUAUCUCGACUUAGUGGGACUCUUUACGCACUUAUUGAGGAUACUUGGCCAGAAAGAGGAAAAAAAGAAGAAAUAA